GCUCCUGCUCCUUGCACCUUUUUAUACCUCCGCUCUGUCUUCAGCAGGACAGCUGUGAGACAAACAUGUUGGUCUGGACAGUGUGUGCAGCCUUGAUUAUGAAAUGUUCACGUACCGGGACGCAGAUGUCCUGAGCAACAGAGCCGCGAGAGCGUUUCUGCAGGCUGGAUGCGUAAAGGAAGGAGACACGGUGGCGCUGUUCCUGGGGAACCAGCCGAUGUUCCUGUGGCUCUGGUUGGGUUUGCUGAAGAUUGGAUGUCCCGGAGCUUUGCUCAACUCCAACAUCAGAUCCAAGUCUCUGCUACACUGCCUCAACUGCAGCGGAGCUACAACUCUGGUAGCAGCUGAAGACUUGCUGGAUGCAGUGAAGGAGGUGCUGCCCCAUCUGCAUGAACAGCAGAUCACUAUUUUCAUCUUAGCUGACAGGUGUGAAACUGCAGGUGUGGAAAGCUUCAUUGAUAAAAUGAAUCAGGCUUCCUCUGAGCCUAUACCCAAGGAGUUAAGGUCCCAUGUAACCAUGCAGAGUCCAGCAGCCUACAUAUACACCUCAGGGACAACAGGUUUCCCUAAGGCAGCUGUGGUCACUUACACCAGAGUGUGGAACUUGUCUUUACUUCUGGCUACAACAGGAGUGAACUCCAAAGAUGUGAUUUAUGAUACCCUCCCGCUUUAUCACAGUACUGGCCUCCUUGUCUUCACUGGAGCUGUUGAAAGAGGUAUUCCUGUUGUUCUGAGGAGUAAGUUUUCUGCUUCCCAGUUCUGGGACGACUGCAGAAAAUAUAAUGUCACCGUCAUACAGUACAUAGGUGAAAUUAUGCGUUAUCUCUGCAACACUCCACAGAAACUCAGUGAUAAAAACCACAAAGUCAGACUUGCAGUAGGCAACGGGACUCCAUUCACUGGUUAUGUGAGAGACAUGAAGCAAACUGAGAAAAAGAAGCUGCAUAACGUCUUCAAGAAAGGUGAUCUGUACUUCAACACCGGCGACCUGCUGCGCAUCGAUGAGGAUAAUUUCAUGUACUUCCACGAUCGUGUUGGAGACACAUUCAGGUGA